AUGGCAAUUUAUAAGAAGACCAAUAAAUACAAGCAGCGACUUUUUGGAAAUGAUUUAAAAGCAUUACUUUAUGCUUAUGGCGAUUCAUCCUCUCCCAACGCCGAGACUAUACAAACGGUUGAAGAUCUUUUGACGUGCUAUUUGGUGGACCUUGUAGUUGACGCCAAUAAGGUCCGCUUGAUACGAGGUAAUAACAAAUUGAGUGUUGAUGAUAUUAUGUUUGCGUUAAGAAACGAUCCUGUCAAACUUGGAAGAGUUUACGAUCUUAAGGAAAUGGAUAGGCAAAUUAUGAUGGCCAAAAAGAUGUUCGGUGACGAUGAUGUUGACAAAGGUUCAAAGAUCAAAGAUGGAUCAGAAAUUACUAAAGUGUCUGAUUCAAAUUCAUCAAAGUCUAAGAACGGUUCUAAGUUGUAA